GUCCAUCUCCCUUCAUCUAAAUGCUAGCCUGAGUCUUUCUCAAAUCAGUGUUUGUCCUUUUUCUACCAGUGUCUGUGUACCUGUGACAAGGGGCUUGGGGUGGGCGGGAGAGAUACUGUAUGCUACUGGGAGCCUGCCGUGAAAGUAACCAGGUUUCUCCCAGUGUAAAACUGGAGCCGGGAUAAAUGGUCAAUCUAAAGGGACUGUGAUGGGCUCCAUAGACUAAUGAUCCACUCUGGUGCAACCUGGCCCUAACGCAUGUGUGUCCCUUAUGAACUGACAGUUAAUUGAAUAAACCAGAAACGAGGGGGUGUAACUGACGGAUGUAUGACCUUGUCCGGAACCUGUUAUGUUUAAGCUUUAGAUUUAAGGCCUUAAUUUCCUUUGGAGAGAUGAUGGGUUUAUUGCUAACGCCACUGUAUAAAAACAGACUAAUGGUUUUCUCUGAUGCCUAGUUUGCCUUCACUCCCAAAGCUGUUUCUGUGUAUUUCAUUCAGUUAAUGUCCAGGCUCCCAGUAGAAAUGAGUGUGUGUGUGUGUGUGUGUGCCUGUGUAUGCGUGUGCAGUGUGGUAUUUACGAUAUGCUUAUGCGUGAGACAGCCAGGCCUGAGAUGCUGGCGGGUGGAGAAGAUGAAAGCUGUUCCUCUGGAGCCAGCUGAGGUGGGGGCCUUCUUCAAUGGGGACUCUUACCUGGUGCUGGACCACAGGGGGGACCAAGGGGCCGACCUUCACAUGUGGAUUGGUGAGAAAUCAUCUCGUGAUGAACAGGUUGCCUGUGCCAUGUUGGCCACUCAGCUCGAUAACUUUUUGGGCGGAGACCCGAUCCAGCACAGGCAGGUACAGGGUUAUGAGUCACCAGAGUUCAUGAAGCUCUUCCCUCGAGGGAUUACCUAUAAGGAAGGAGGUGUAGAAUCUGGCUUCAGAAGGGCGCAGUCAGGUUCUGGGCCAGUUCACAGGCUGUAUCAGAUCAAAGGCAAGAGGAACAUCCGAGCCAAAGAAGUGGAGCUCAGCUGGGAGAGCUUCAACAAAGGGGACUGUUUCAUCCUCGACCUGGGAGAGACCAUAGUGCCGUGGAUUGGCUCCCAGGCGAACAUCUUUGAGAAACAGAAGGUGCAAGAGAUCGCCACUCUCAUUAGGGACACAGACAGACACGGCAAGGCCAAGAUCACCAGCAUCAGUGAGGGAGAGGAGACACCGGAAAUGCUUAAGGUGCUGGGACCAAUGCCAGAGCUGAAAGAGAGCACUCCAGAAGAAGACAGCAAAGCAGAUGCAUCAAACUCUGCUUCCCUCUACAAGGUGUCUGAUGCUACGGGAUCUAUGAAACUAACUAAAGUCUCAGAGAAAAGCCCAUUUGCCAAGGACUUGCUGGUGCGUGAUGACUGCUUCAUCCUGGACAAUGGGGCCAAUGGAAAGAUCUUUGUAUGGAAAGGCAGUGGAGCCAAUGCAGAGGAAAAGAGGGAGGCCCUUAAAAUGGCUGAUGACUUCAUUGAGAAAAUGAAUUACCCCCGAAUGAAAACACAGGUGGAGAUUCUACCACAGGGCCGGGAGACCGUCAUUUUCAAGCAGUUCUUCCAAAACUGGAACUAAACAUCCCUUUCAAAUGUCCCAAAUAUGGAUCAUUCUCUCCAAGCAAGCAGGGAACACAGUCAGAAAGAUGAUUCAUAAUCACAGGAUCUCAGAAUCAGCCAUUUCUGUGGGGGUUUUUUCUCAGUGGUCCUGUGAAGGCUUAAGCAUUUGCACAGAACAGAAAAAUGUCUUGAGAUUCUUUGUACAAUAGCAUACUUAGGAUAAGCAAUAGUGCA